GCCACUUCAUCAUUCUCACCAUGUGUGACACCCUCCAGCUGCAGAACUUCCUCCAGAGGCAGGCCCAGGAGGCCCGGAGACGCAUGCAACACAGAGACAAGUUGGAGGAGGAGGAAGAAGACCUCGUUUCGAGUUGCCUGCAGGUCUGUCUAAAGAGCCCAGUGUGUCGAAGUAGUCAGAUGAUCCCCUGCUGCAGGCGUCUGAUGGAGGAAAGAUCCCCACAGAUGCAGGGCCUUCCUCUCUACAUCUCUCACUUCUGUUCAGUCAUGCAGGAUGGGGAUCUGUGUAUUCCCUGGGACUGUAAGGGCUGAAACACACUGAACUCUAUUUGGGCCUUAUUACUGUGCCUCUCAGGCACAUAGUCACAGGUUUUUGAAGAUUUUGAGAUUUGGCCUAGUGUAUAGGCAUUAUACAUGCACUGUGGAUCUAGUGUUGUGCUUUUGAGGUAGUGGGCCCCAGUCGUGUGAUGUAUGUUAUAACUAAGCACAGAGUUUGUUGUUUAUUUGCACUGGCACCCAUAUUCAGUACAUUUCACAUGAGCAUAACACUUCAGUGUCAUAAUUGUUUUUCUU